CAUCCCCAAACCAUAAUAAAAACCCUCUUCACACUACCAACAAAUGUGUCACUGCAAAGAUGAAGCAACAAAAUUGUCCCUUUUCAUUGUCACUUUUUAUCUUCUUCUUUCUCAUUCAGUGCAUCAUAUCUCUAGCUCAAUCACCUGCUCCUGCUCCUUCGCCUCGAGGUCCUACUAAUGUUAUCAAGAUCUUGAAAAAGGCCGGCGAGUUCAAGGUCUUUAUCCGUCUCUUGAAGACUACCCAGUUAGAUAGCAACUUGAAUUCUCAGCUUGGCAAUACAAACAAUGGCUUGACAAUCUUCGCACCUAGUGAUGCUGCAUUUGCAAGCCUAAAGACACGUACUCUUAGCAGACAAGAAAAGGUCGAGUUGGCUCAGUUUCAUAUCGUCCCAACAUUUAUCCCAGCUACCCAAUUCGAUACUGUCACUAACCCUUUGAGAACACAUGCUGGAUCAGGCAAUCGGUUCCAGUUUAAUGUCACCACAAAUGGUAAUUUAGUGAAUAUAACUACAGGGCUUACUAAUACUACUAUAUCCGACACCGUAUACACAGAUGGUCAUCUUGCUAUAUAUAAGGUCGAUAAAGUGUUGCUUCCGUUGGAUAUAUUUACUACUCAGCCUCCGGCAGCCGCCCCAGCACCAGCAGUAACAAAGACUAAAGAGGAGAGUGCUGCUGCUAACGAUGAUGAUGACGACAGUGAUGUUAAAAAGGAUAAAUCUGGCGCAGUGAGUUUGGCAACGGAUUAUAAUUUGGUGUUAUUUGGGGUGAUUGGUAUAGUUGCUGUGACGUUUUCAUUGUGACAAUUUUGUUGAUGCUGUAUAUCAUGUAAGGUGGGUUGUGAGGUCAAUUGUGUAUGAUUUUUCUUAAUUAAAUCAAUUGGAUUGGGAUGGUGGUGAUGGGAAGAUGGUGAGUGUUUUUCAAGAAUCGUCAUAUGUAUUGUUAUUAAUUAAAUCCUUAAAUUUUUGUGGGUUAAGAUUAAAUCUUUAAAGUUAAUUUCUA